GUAGCUGAGGAGGGUCAGUGAAGGCAGCACUAGUGCAGAUCCGUGCAGUGUGUGUGUGUGUGUGUCUCUGCUCGCUGGCUCCCCUCCUGUCUCCUGCCUCCUGUCGUCCAUUAGAGCUGUUUCUCACUGUGUCUCACUGUACGACGGCGCAGGCCCGAAGCAGCGCAGCCGCUCUGAGUCAUCGUACCGUGGAUCCAGCUGUGUACACCAGGUGGGCAAUAAUGGACGAGCACGUCAUUCACCAGACCGAACACAUGACCACCAUCGAGGCCAGCGCCGUCAGCCAACAGGUCCAUCAGGUGCACUUACAAACAGAACUGUUAACCAGUGGAAACCUGGUACAUGUGGCCACCUUUACCGAAGCGUCCAUGAUGAGCGCAGAGGAAGACUCGACGUCCUCACCGGAUGAUGAUCCUUAUGACGACACGGACAUCCUCAACUCGGCCGGCACUGAUGAGAUCACCGCACACCUGGCUGCCGCAGGGCCAGUCGGCAUGGCAGCUGCUGCCGCCGUGGCAACCGGUAAGAAAAGAAAGAGACCUCAUAUCUUCGAAUCCAACCCCUCCAUCCGCAAGAGGCAGCAGACUCGCCUGCUCAGGAAACUGCGAGCCACCCUGGAUGAAUACACCACCAGAGUGGGCCAACAGGCCAUAGUGCUGUGUAUCUCUCCCUCCAAACCCAACCCAGUGUUCAAGGUGUUUGGUGCUGCUCCUCUGGAGAACGUGGUGAGGAAGUAUAAGGGCAUGAUGUUGGAGGAUCUGGAGAACGCUCUGGCUGAACACGCCCCCGCUGGUGGAGAUCUGGCCUCAGAGCUGCCCCCGCUCACCAUUGACGGCAUCCCUGUCUCCGUGGACAAGAUGACCCAGGCCCAGCUGCGAGCGUUCAUCCCAGAGAUGCUGAAGUACUCGACGGGCCGAGGAAAGCCCGGCUGGGGUAAGGAGAGCUGCAAGCCGGUGUGGUGGCCAGAGGACAUCCCUUGGGCCAACGUCCGCAGUGACGUCCGCACAGAGGAGCAGAAACAGAGGGUGUCUUGGACGCAGGCACUGCGAACCAUCGUCAAGAACUGCUACAAGCAGCACGGCCGCGAGGACCUGUUGUAUGCUUUCGAAGACCAUGUAACGACGCCCACCAUCCAGCACCACCACCUGACCACUGCACAGAGCAUCGCUCACCUCGUGCCCUCGCAAACUGUGGUACAGACCAUCAACAACCCCGACGGAACAGUCUCGCUCAUCCAGGUUGGCACAGGACACACAGUUGCCACCCUGGCAGAUGCCUCAGAGCUGCCCGGUGUGACGGUGGCACAGGUCAACUACGCCACUGUAACUGACGGAGAGAUCCUUGUUCCUCUCCAGGUGGAGCAGAACUGGGCCACCCUACAGGGCGGAGAGAUGACAAUCCAAACCACUCAGGCAUCAGAGGCCACGCAGGCGGUGGCGUCCCUGGCAGAAGCCGCCGUCGCCGCCAGUCACGAAAUGCAGCAGGGAGCCACCGUCACAAUGGCUCUUAACAGCGAGGCAGCAGCCCACGCCGUAGCGACGUUGGCCGAGGCCACUCUACAAGGCGGAGGGCAGAUUGUCCUGGCGGAGACGGCAGCUGCUGUUGGGGCACUGGCAGGGGUUCACGAUGCCACAGAAAUCAACUCUUCACAUCUGACAUUCUUGAACCACCAGAUGCUACCUGGUCUGGUCCAGAUCCCAGUCAGCAUGUACCAGACUGUAGUGACCAGCCUCGCCCAUGGCAACCGGCCCGUCCAGGUUGCCAUGGCACCUGUCGCCACACGCAUAGACAACACUGUCACGCUUGACGGCCAGGCGGUAGAGGUCGUGACCCUGGAACAGUGACUAUCGUGAACCUGGAAGGAGUAGGAGGCACUGAACGGCCGCCGUGGAGAUUAGUUUAUCCUACUGUUUUCCAACACAUCACGCUGUGUACAAUGUCAAAUAUAUUUUUAAAUGUACAUCUGCAGGGGAAGUAAAAAAGUGAGUUAUCAAUGUGUUUACUAUGUAAAGAUAUUGCUUUUGUUGGUGUAAUUUUUUUUCCCAUUUAGCUUCGUGUUUUUUUUUUUUGUUUUUUUUUUUAGCUCUGUGAUGUUGAGUAUUUAUUUCUUUACAAUUAACCUUUACUUAAAACAAAGAUGAACCAAAAAGCCCGGGAGGAAAGCCACCACUGCUUCACCCCAGAGUGUGUAACUAUCACUGUUCUGGAUUUCCAUUAUCGUCUAUGUGCUUGACUGUUCAGUUAUUAGGAUGCAUUUACAAUUCAGUGCCAUAGUCAGAGAUCACUCCUCCUGUUUCCCCAUAUCCACUGUUUCCACCUCAACCGAAACCUCUCCAGCAUCUGAGCUCCCACGCAUUUCUCACAUUAAAUAAUGAAAUAUCAUGUUGAAAUACCAUCUUGUCCUGUGCUUUUCCCUGUGCUGUUUACUGUAGUCCACGCACGUGUAAAAGAUUUGUGAAGACUCAGGAUAUCCAUCAAGGUGUUUUUUACUGCUGGACCGCUGAGCUGACUUCCUGAAGCAGCCGUUUUGUCUCCCAGAUCCAUUUAUUUACAGUGCAUGGAUAAGAGGCAUCCCUUGGUAUGUUAUUUUUGUAACGUGAACUUGGUGGUUCAGGAAGUUCAUAUACUUGAACGGGAGCUGCAUUAUGUGUGAUGCUAAUAUCAAAAAAGGCAUUUCUUUAAAUCUUGCAACGUAAAAAAUUUGCUUGCCGAGAAUCGACUUAGUUUAAUGCAGCUGUAACAAGUUGGUUCAACUCUCACCACUAUUUAAAGAAUUAAGCCCAAUAAAAAUGGCUGCUGCUCACCAUUCA